UCGUUUAUAACAAACCGUGAGGAGUAUCUUUAUCCCUUACCGUAUCUAUGUUUAACUGUUGUCUCUUCUCCUCCUUAUUGGUGUCUUUAAAUGUCAGUUCGCUACCUUCAGUUGAAAAUAAUUUGUAGUUGUAGUUGAUUUCGUUGUGCCAACAGCUAGAGGCUUCCGAGCGAGGAUGGAGACAAUUUCUAAAGUGAUAUUGAGUGCUGGCGAUGUGAUGCCUAAAAUAAUACUCUCUUACACUAAAAUGGCUGCUAAUGGUGAUGCAAAAACUUCAUUAGAAAACGAAUUGCCUGCUGGUCUAAUUCGUGAACGGAUUCCAAAACAUGUGGCAGUCAUCAUGGAUGGCAACAGAAGAUGGGCGAAAAAGAAUGGAUUGCCACCUAAGUCCGGUCACACCGCCAUGGUUCCGAGACUAAUGGAAGUUGUUGGCUUAUGCUGCAUAUGGGGGAUUAAAGUCUUGACAGUAUAUGCAUUCUCUACUGAGAACUGGAAUCGACCUCAAAUGGAAGUGGAUUUCUUGAUGGAAUUGUUUGAAAGAAUGUUACAGGAGAACGAGGGAAAUUUCAUGAGGAAUGAGGUUCGAGUAUCUAUAAUAGGGAAUCCCGUAAAGCUCCCGGUUUCGCUACAAGAUCAGAUAAUAAAGACGACAGACACCACCAAGAAAAACUCAAAAUUUCAUCUGCUUUUGGCGAUUAACUAUGGUGGAAGGGAGGACAUCGUACAAGCAUGUCGAAAUAUUUCGCGUAUAGUAAAAGAUGGGCUGCUGCAACCAGAAGAUGUCGAUGAAAGCCUAUUUAACAAUGAACUUGGAACAAGUAAUGCAGAAUUCCCUUACCCCGAUUUACUUAUAAGAACUAGUGGGGAACUCAGACUGAGCAAUUUCUUGGCAUGGCAAUUAGCUUAUAGCGAGCUUUACUUUACUGAAACCCUGUGGCCUGAUUUUGGUGAGAGAGAAUUUAUAAUGGCAUUGCAAUCAUUUCAACGAAGACAGAGACGAUUUGGAGGACAAGACGAGGAAAACUGAAGACACAAAGUUCGCAAGCCUUCUUCUAAUAACUGGUUAUAUAUAAUAAAACUCGCAAGUGAAGUCUAGAGAGUGUGCUCUGUGAUAUGGAAUAAAGUUAUCAAACAAAGUGAAAGUAAUUUUCUGAUAGUCGUGAAAGAACUUUCUGAAAUAAUUAAUCCUUAGUUUGACAUAACAAUGAAUGCUUAAACUAACGAUCAAAAAUUACUACUCCAUAAGAUAAAAAUCUAAUG